GCCGGGGGUGGCCGGAGGGGAACGGGCGCCCCCGGCCGCCUCCCCGGGGAUGCUCGGGGCCCCGGGAGAGCCCGGGCUGGGCAGAUUUCCUUAUCCGGGGAUCGCAGGGCACCUCGCCAUUGGCCCGCGCUGUCACAUGGACUCCAACUUUGUUCACUUGACAAAAUUAAUGGCCAUGAGCUCGUUUUUGAUCAACUCCAACUAUGUGGACCCCAAGUUCCCACCCUGUGAAGAGUAUUCCCACAGCGAUUACCUUCCCAAUCACUCGCCGGAAUAUUACAGCAGCCAGAGGCGAGAGAGCACUUUCCAACAUGAAGCGAUGUACCAGCAGCGGUCAGCCUGCAAGGAGCAGCUCUACUCGUCCUGUCAGAGCUCCGGCCACCAAGCAGCGGUGUUAUCCCCCCGGGGUCAUGUCCAUCCUCCGGCCGGACUGCAGAGCCACCUCUCUGAGCCAACCCAUCCCUGCGAGCCGGUCACCCCCAGCCCACCACCCUCCUGCAGCCAAAACUCUCUCAACCAAAGCCCUUCCAAUUCCUCUUGCAAAGAGCCGGUAGUUUACCCCUGGAUGAAAAAAGUCCAUGUAAGCACGGUAAACCCCAAUUACUCAGGAGGGGAACCAAAACGCUCUCGCACAGCCUACACCAGGCAGCAAGUCCUGGAGCUGGAGAAGGAAUUUCACUACAACCGCUAUCUCACCCGGAGGCGCAGGGUCGAGAUCGCCCACUCCCUCUGCCUCUCCGAGCGCCAGAUCAAAAUCUGGUUCCAGAACAGGAGGAUGAAGUGGAAAAAAGAUCACAAGUUACCAAAUACCAAGAUCAGGUCUAAUUCUUCCAACUCCUCUGCCAGCCUGCAGAUCCCACAAGGAGGAUCUCAAACCCGAUCCCAUGGACCAGCCACCAGCCUAUAACUAUUCUGUGGAUGGGUGGAUGGAUGGAUGGAUGGAUGGAGUGUUUGUGGGUGUGAAUUUCUGUGCGUGUAGGGAACACACCAUUUUUUUUUUAAUGCUCCGAGAAGCGAGGGAAGGAGGGGUGCUCUUUAUUUAUAGGGGGAACAGAGGGAGACUCAGCUGCAACAAAGCAGAGCCGUGCUGUUGUGCCUCUCUUCCAUUAAAAGAAGGCUGGAGAUGGUAGUUUUCAGAUUUGGCUAAGAUGGAUCCUUGUUUCAUCUUUAAUCACGCCAAGCUCUGCCCCAUUUGUCAUGUUUACUCUCCCGUACAAAGGAUGGACCUUAUGUCUGCUAUUACCUCGACAACCAGCGCUCACUUUAAUAAAUGAGGCUCAGUUUCUUCAAGACGAACUGGAUUUCUCUACCCUCCCCCCCCACUUUUUUUUUUUUCCCCCCUUUUAAUUUUUUUUUCCUUGCCUACCAGCCACAACCGGCAAGUUUCAAUCCUGCCAUCCCAAAGCCGUGGCGGUUCUGGCACAGCCCUUCAAUGAAGAGAAAAUAAAACUCCCAACAACCCCAACUAGAAUCAUACCGUGGCGGGGGGGACACUGCACUGGUCCUCUGUGGGAGUGGCGACUGUGGGGGAACCCUGGAAAAAAAACACAAAAAAAAUAAAAGAAAAAUUAGGUCAAGUGGGUGGUGGACAAAGAAAGCGAGAGGACGGAGGGUGAUGUUGGACACCACCCCCCACCCUCCGUUUUUAUUUUGAGUCCAGCAAGUUAAUUGUGAGUCUGGGGGAGGGGGGGCGGGAGGGGAGAGGGGAAAGCAGAGGGGGUAGGAUAGAAAGUUAAACAGUGGCACCUGGAUUCCCCCCAGGAUGAGGGACAGAGGGGCUGGAAAAGCUCCCCUCCCGCUGAAUACCCAGUUUUGUACUGAAAAUGUGAAUUAGGGACGGAGGGGUGAGGGUCGCCCCUGCUGGGGGGUAUGGGGUGAGGCGGGAUGUUGGGGAGGCUCCUCCGACACCCCGCCCGCCCCGGCCGCCUCCGUCCCCUCUUUGUCCUUCGUGGUGUCCAAGAUUUACCUGUAAAUAGCAGAGAAAAGGAACAAAACAAAGGGGAAAAAAAAAAA